AUGGAUUUUCGUCGCCUGCGAACCGACUCCGAAUCGACGAUGGAUAUGAGAUGCGAGGGCUGCAAAGGGGAUGACCCGUACCCCAAGUCGCGCUUCAACCGUGGUGUCCCCGACCCCAAGAUUCGCAUCUUCGAUCUUGGCCGCAAGCGUGCCGCCGUCGACGACUUCCCUCUCUGCAUCCACCUCGUCUCCAAUGAGUAUGAGCAGCUGAGCUCCGAGGCUCUCGAGGCCGCCCGUAUUUGCGCCAACAAGUACAUGGUCAAGAACAGCGGCAAGGAUGCUUUCCACCUGCGCGUGCGCGCCCACCCUUUCCACGUCGUCCGUAUCAACAAGAUGUUGUCAUGUGCCGGUGCCGAUAGACUGCAGACCGGUAUGCGUGGUGCCUGGGGCAAGCCCAACGGCUCCGUCGCCCGUGUCAACAUUGGUCAGAUCAUCAUGAGCCUCCGCACUCGUGACUCUAACCGUGCGCUCGCCCUCGAGGCCCUCCGCCGCUCCCAGUACAAGUUCCCUGGUCGCCAGAAGAUCAUUGUCUCUAAGAACUGGGGUUUCACUCCCCUCCGCCGUGAGGAGUACCUGGAGCGCAAGGCCUCUGGCCGUGUCAAGGACGAUGGUGCUUACGUCCAGUUCCUCAGCAACCACGGCUCUCUGGCCGAGAACAUGCGCCGCUUCCCCGAUGCCUUCACGGCUUAG